UGUUCUAUCUUUGCAGAUUCGGUGUCCUAAUGGAAAAGUUUUGUCCCAAAAAGCAACAUGUCUAACUUUACCCAAACAUUUGACAUUUGUUUCUGACUGCAAGAUGACAGCUGGAUCUGUUUGUAAAGUUCAAUGCAGAAGUGGAAUAUUACAAGUAAAUAGCAAAGUAUAUUGUUCUGAUUCAUCAAAGUGGUUAAAUCUUCCGAGCUGUUCACCUCAAAAGCAUAACAAAACAAACUGCUUAUUGAAACAAUUACCUCCAAGAAUACAAUUUGUAGAUAAAUGCACUUUUAAAGAUGGAGAGAGGUGCCAAAUAAAAUGCAUCCAGCCAUUUGUUCUGGUUGGAUUGAAUUUUAUUACUUGUCAAAAUAGCCAAUGGUUGCACAUUCCUCGAUGCACUACACAAAGACACUCACCGUACGAAUUGGUAAAUAUAAUCUGCCAAUAUCCACCUCCAAUUCCAGGAAACUUAAAAAUAAUUGGUUUAUGUAAUCUUAAAGGAGGAAGUAGUUGUGACAUCGAAUGCCGUGAUUCAUCGGCUAAAUUAUCAGGUCCUAAUGCAACUACUUGUCUUCCACCUGGACUGUGGAGUAAGGUCAUGCCCUGUGAAGGAGGUAAAAGUUAUUGCUCGCAACCUAAAUUACCUGGGCAUUUAGAAUUCAUGAAAGAUUGCCACGGUUCAGAAAUAGGGCAAGAGUGCCAAAUACAUUGCAAACACCGCAAGCAAAUCAAAUUUACUCUUACAUGUCAGACUUCAGAAAGUUGGACUAAAUAUCCAAAAUGUACUUGCCCUCCUCCAUUCAUUAAAGAUCCCAUCAUACUCAAAGAAAACUGCAGUUUAAAAUAUCCUGGUGGAAAAUGCAGCUUAAAAUGCAUACCAGGAUAUCAUAUGCAGAAGUUAUCAACUAUAACUUGUCUGAAACAUUUAAAAUGGACUGCUUUUCCUGUCUGUGAGAAAAUGUUAUGUCCCAAGCCAAAAUUAGAUAAUUCUCUUGUCGAUAAUGAGGACUGCAACUCAAAAAGUUCAGGCGAAUACUGUCAGCUACAAUGUAAAGAAGGGGGCUCAUUUGUUUCAGAUGGUAAAAUAAAAUGUAUUGAUGGACUUUUUUGGUCAAACUUACCAAAUUGCACCUGUCCAGUUCCUAGUAUUACAAAAGAAUUAGAAUUUAAAAAUAAAUGUUACCAAGUAGCUCCAAGGGGCAAUUGUAUUUUAGCUUGCAAAGGUUUCGCUCACUUAGUUGGCCACGCUAAACUUACGUGUCAAAGUAAUUUGAAAUGGAGCCCUUUACCAAAAUGUAAAAGAAUUAUCUGUCGUAAACCAGCUAUUCCACAUACACUUUUAUUGAGUGAAGAUUGUACAUCAAAAACAAUAGGUGAACACUGUGAGUUAGAAUGUCGAUCUGGAGGGAUUAUACUUGACUCUAAUAAAAUUACUUGCUUAAAAACCUUACAAUGGUCUCAACCUCCAAUUUGUGCUUGUCCUCCUCCUGAUGUUCCUGAUUAUUUGUCAUUGAAAGAAAAUUGCUUUCAAACUUUGCCUGGGGAGCCUUGUUCCUUAACUUGUAAAAAUGAUUUCGUAUCACAAGGAAAUCCUUUCAUAUUAUGCCAAAAUGACACAAGAUGGAGUCCUUUUCCUAUUUGCAAACUCAAAACUUGUCAGAAGCGAAAACUUCCGAAAGUAUUAUCCUACAUUGGCGACUGCACAAGUAUUACUCCUGGCAAAAAUUGCCAAGUUGAAUGUAGAGAAGGGGGUAAAAUUCAUGGCUCAAAAUACAUCACAUGUAUAAAUUACACUAGCUGGAGUGAUUAUCCAAACUGUUCUUGCCCUCCUCCAGACUUAAUUGAUAAUUUUGAAGAAAACACUCACUGUAAUGAUAUCCAAAUUGGUGGAACUUGUCAAUUGAAAUGUAGAAAGCCAUUUUACUUAAUAGGUAAAAGUUACAUCACAUGUCAAAGUGAUACUCGAUGGUCAUCUAUUCCAAAAUGUAAAAGGACACCUUGUCCGAUUCUAAAACUUCCUAAUCAUUUGAAUUUUCUUGAAGAUUGCUCAUCAAAAUAUGUAGGAGAAAAGUGUAAUUUAGAAUGUCGUGAAGGUGGUACUUUAAUAGAACCAAGCUUGUUAGUUUGUACAGGAUCAAAAGAGGCAGUUUCGUGGACAUCUUUGCCAAAAUGUUCUUGUCCACCUCCGUCUUUAGAAAGUAGUUUGAAAACACUUGGAAACUGUAACUUCAAAACUCCGGGUGAAACUUGCUCCUUGGCUUGUACUGGUAAUUCAAUUCUUGAAGGGAAAAAGUAUAUUUCAUGCCAGAAUGAUACAAAAUGGAGCAGACUGCCGAGAUGCCAAAAAAUAUUUUGUUCCAGGCCAAUACUUCCAAAUGAGUUGAUCUUUCAAGAAGAUUGUUCAUCCAAAUCUAUAGGAGAUAAGUGUUUACUUGAAUGCCGCAAAAGAGGUAAAACGAUACCGAGCAACAAGAUUACUUGCCUCACUAUCAAUAAAUGGUCACGUCUUCCAAUAUGUUCGUGUCCAAUUCCUGCUUAUCCGAAUUAUUUGCAACCUUUAGAAGACUGUUCCAUAAAGCGACCAGGAGAAACUUGUACAGUUGCUUGUAAAAGUAAAUUUCAGGUACAGUCCUUCAAGUCUAUAAAAUGUGAUAAAAAAUUAUUUUGGACAGCUUUUCCUUCCUGCAAACCGAAACAUUGUCCUAAGCCAAUACUUCCAAAUUAUAUAUUAUUUGAUGAAGAUUGCAAGGGAAAAAAAUCUGGAGAUAUUUGUAAAUUAUUAUGCAAAAUGGGUGGCAGGUUUGUUGGUGCAAACACAGUUACUUGCUUAAAAAAUUUUAAAUGGACGUUAUUUCCAAAAUGUACUUGUUCUAGACCUAAUUUGAGAGCGAAUUUAAUUACCUCUGAAAAUUGCACGCUUAAAACUGCUGGUGAAAAUUGUUUCUUAAAAUGCCAAAAAAAUCUGAUGCUUGAAGGAAAAACUUUUAUAACAUGCCUGCAGAAUACAGAGUGGACAAGUCAGCCAAAAUGUAAAGAAAGAGUUUGCCCAAAACCAAAUUUACCAAAUCAUUUACUGUUUAAAGAGGACUGUUCUUCUAAAGGGGAAAAUGAAAGAUGUGAGCUAUUGUGCAAGCAUGGUGGUGGAAUAAGGAACAAAAGUUUUAUUGAAUGUAACUCUACAAUGAACUGGUCGAAGUUUCCAACAUGUUCUUGUCCUUUACCUAAAUUAAAUAACGAACUGAAAUUUCGUGAAUUUUGUUUUAAUAAAACUGCAGGUGAAAAAUGCUUUUUGGAAUGCAAAAUCAAGCAGAAAAAUCCAGAGAAAGUUUUUAUUCGGUGUUUAAGAGAAGGAACGUGGACAAAUUUACCAAAGUGUUCUGAAGGAGUCUGUCAGAAACCAAAACUAACAAAUUCGUUGCUUUCUAGAGAAAAUUGUUCCAUAAAGUUGAAGAAUGAAAUUUGUCGGCUUAAGUGCAAAAAAUCGUUUGAGAUUUCGGGCAAGAGCUUCAUUGUAUGCCAAAGUGAUUUCAAAUGGAGUGCGUUGCCUCGAUGCGUUGAGAAACUAUGCCCAAGGAUAAUUCUCAAAGAAGGUGUUUUAGUUUUUAAAGAUAACUGUACAAGAAAAAUUGGCACGACAUGUAAACUGAGCUGUAUUAGUGACUUUAUAUUUAAAGGUAAAAAUAAUGUAACAUGUCUAAUGAAUGCCACUUGGUCACCUCUUCCUAAAUGCGAACCUGUUCCUUUAUGCCCUGAACCAAAUAUUGAAACUCAUGUAUUAAAAUUAAACGAAGAUUGUAGCUAUAAAAGAUAUGGUGAAUCCUGCAGGGUGUCAUGCAGAGAAGGAGGCAUGCUUCAAGGUCUUGACAGAAUUACAUGCCUGAAAAAUGAAACAUGGAGUGCUUUUCCAAAUUGUACUUGUCCAAAGCCCGAUUUGCCAUCAAACUUUAUGAUGUUGGAGAACUGUACAGAUAGAAAGAUAGGAGACAUGUGUAGGAUACGAUGCAAACCAAAUUUUAAAUUUAAAGGUAACCCUUUGAUCAAAUGUAAAAAUAAUACCAGAUGGAGUUUUGCAGCAAUUUGUCUUACAAUAUGCAAGAAACCUAUACUUCCGGAGUAUUUGAUAUUUAAAGAAAACUGCUCCUUUAAAGGCAUCGGUGAUUCUUGUUACUUAAGCUGCAGACAAAACGGUAAAAUUGUAGGAAACUCGCACAUUAAAUGCUUGAAAUAUCGCAAGUGGACCUCAUUCGCUGAUUGCAUGUGUCCACCACCAAUUUUAACAGAUGAAUUGAAAACAGAAGAAAGUUGUUCUGAAAAAAGGAGAGGGGAAACUUGCAAAGUGAUUUGUAAAAAUAAGAACAAAUUAAUAGAUAAAGGAACGUUAUUUUGUUCAAAUAACGCUACGUGGUCAGAAUUGCCUAAGUGCACCUCGAUUCUGUGUGUAAAACCUACUCUGCCUGAUUACUUGACAUCCAAGUUUAAUUGCUCAUCUAAAACUAUUGGAGAAGCUUGUGAAUUACUAUGCAAGGAGAACAGUAUGAUUAUUGGAAAUGAUACUAUUAUAUGUUUAACGGAAUAUAAAUGGAGUGCAUUGCCUGAUUGCACUUGCCCAUCACUACUCUCAACUGAAGAUGUCGAAAUAAAAGAGGACUGUAAAUUUAAGAAACGAGGAGAAACCUGUCAAAUAGGCUGCAAAGGAGAAAGAAAAAUAAUUGGACAAGAUAAAGUAUCGUGCAUGGAUAACAUCAAGUGGUCCGUUUUGCCCACAUGUAUUUCGAUAUGUUUCGAACCCGUACUUCCUAUCUAUUUAAUUUUAAAGGAGAACUGUUCUUCAAAAGCCAUUGGCGAAACUUGUGAGGUUACUUGCAAAGAGAAUAGUAAAUUAGUAGGCAGUGCUGAAAUUAGAUGUUUAGAUCAACUCAAAUGGAGCACAUUCCCUGAUUGUAUGUGUCCACCACCAGUUUUGAAUGCUGAUUUAGAACCUAAAGAAAACUGCACUUUUAGCAAGCGUGGAGAAUAUUGUAGAAUUAAGUGCAAAGAAAAUACUACAUUGAUAGGGGAUGAAACAAUUGUCUGCCUCCAAAAUUCCACGUGGUCCAUACUGCCACAGUGUUCUCCUAUUUGCCCUGAACCUAGACUUCCAGCCUAUUUAAUGAUCAAAGUUAACUGUUCAUCAAAACUUCCCGAUGAAUCAUGUGAAGUUAGCUGCGUGAACGAAGAGAACACUAUAGGAAACACUACGAUUACAUGUUUGAGUAACAGAGAAUGGAGUCCAUUCCCGGAUUGCGCAUGCCCUUCACCCAUUCUUACUGAAAAUUUAAGAACUGACAAGAAUUGCACUUUUAUAAAGCGAGGAGAAAGCUGUAGUGUUAGUUGUAAAGGUGAAAGCAGAUUAGUAGGAGAGGGAUUAAUUACGUGCCUUGAAAACUCUACAUGGUCAGCACUGCCCAAUUGUUCUCUUACUUGCACUGAGCCGACACUUCCAGUCUAUUUGAUUGUCAAAGAUAAUUGUUCCUCGAAAAUCCCUAAGGAAUCAUGUGAGAUAACUUGCAUAGAAAAUGGAACUAUUUUAGGAAAUAAUGUCAUCAGAUGCUUAGGUGGAGAUGAAUGGGAUUCAUUUCCUGAUUGCGCUUGCCCACCCCUAACUUUGCCUACAGGCAUGAAAUCGGAAGGAAACUGCAGUAUCACGAAAAGAGGACAUAAUUGCAAUGUUUCUUGUGAGGGAGGAAGGAGACUGGUUGGGAAAAGAGAAAUAACAUGUCUUGAAAACAUCAGAUGGUCAUCGUUACCAGCCUGCGUUCAAGAAUGACCACUGAAAAGCAAACACUCUUUUUCUUUAAUAUUACUGAGAUCUGUUGUAAAAUAAAUAUACAUGGCGAUUGUGAGUUGACUUGCAAGGUUUAUUAAAAUCGCUCUUUGAAAUGUUCCCUUUAUACUGAGUGGAUUAUUAGAGUUGAGUCAUGGGCAAGAAGAUUACCAGACUGCUCAUGCCAAACCAUAAACAGUGAAAAACGUCUCACACAUAUAUGUAAGGUUGAGAGCAAAAGACAGUUUUGUGAAAUUAGGUGUAAAAGAAAUGGUACAGCAAUUGACUAGUCAUAUACUAUAUGCAUAAUACAGAAAUACUUUUCUACAUUUUGUAGAAAACCUAAACUUGAUUUUGGUUUGGUUUUCGAUUCAAAUUGUGUAGAUAAAACAAUCGGUGACACCUGCCCGGUUGUAUGUCGAAUAAAUGGUAUAACUGCGAAAGAUACAACGAUAAGAUGUUUAAGUAAAGAAGAAUGAACAGAAACUACAGAAUGUUUUUUUGGAAGAAGAUACCUUCCAAUAGAUAUAAAUCAGACAUGAAGACAAUUAUUCUAUAAAUUUCGAAGCAAUACAUUCUUAGAAAAUUACCUAAUCUUUUAAAAAAAAACUUUCGAAAUAAUUGUGAACAAAUCUUCAGACUGCUCUUAAAAUACAUUAUAAAUGAAACUCAGGAAAACGAAAGGAAGAAACCUGAUAAAUUUCACAAAAGGUUAAAGGUUAUGAAACAUCGAACAGUUCUAACUUCAAGCAAAAACUUCAAAACUUUAAGAAUUUACCCCGUUCGUUUCUUCCUCCUUCAGUCUAGA